UGUCACCAUCCCAGGACAUUGAUCGCGAGGUCUACGCCAAGAACCCGACUCUAAACAAGAUGGACUUUCAGGAACACACUGUGCAUAUACUAGAGAAACCUCGCCAAAACAGUGAAAAAUACCAUGGCCGCUCUUCGACCUUGGAUCAUGAACUUCCAGUCAAAACUGACUUUGCGCAAACCAUCAUAUUUACAUCCACAGACGAGAUUGCAAAUUGGGUGACCAAGGAGCAUGGCAGCUUCUUCCCUUAUGAGUUUCGACUAGCUGUGUCAAGAAAUCUUAAUGGGGCUUUUGGGUGUGAGUAUUAUGAAGACAGUAGCGGAAAAAUUACGGCUCAUGACUCUUGGAGCCUUUUCAAAAUCAAACGUGUAUGGAAAAUUCCUGGAUCCUUGCGAAUAUACGAUGAGUGGAUCCAGCUCGUCAUCUUUGUACGCCAGGACUGGGCCAGAUCGCAGCAACUCGUGAUAUUCCUCGAUUGCCCAGAUUAUCUUCGUUCCGAGUUAUCUGUCCUAUCUCCAACCAAGCAAAACGAUCCAUAUAUCUGGCAUACUGUCUUGAUUGACGAGGUAAAAAAGAUCUAUGAUUCAACAAUCUGGGGUCUUCGAGGGGCAGUGUGGGAUAUUGAGAAGUAUCAAAAAGACCUGGGAAAGUUCCAGCCACAAUUUCUCUUGCUUCACGACAUAGCAAGACAUAUCAGUCAUUCAAAAGAGAUCUUGGACGUGGCACUAGACACCUUGGACAGUGCAAUUCACGACUACUCCAUGUUGAAUGAGCAACAACCCAAUUCAUCUUCUGAGAGCGCAUGCGAUUCUAAGAAAGUUCAAAGGCAGUUGUACUUUGCGUCAAAAAGCAUUCGCUCUACCAGAUUUCGCUGUAUUUCGCUCAGUGAACGACUACAAAACGAGAUCAAUUUGGCAUUCAACAUUGUCUCUCAACGAGAUAGCGAAGUAUCAGUUCAGCUGGCAAAGCACUCGCUCAGUGAUAACACAAUGAUGAAGACGGUGGCAAUUGUAAGCAUGGUUUACCUUCCGGGCACCUUCGUAUCGGGGAUUUUCGGCAUGAACCUUUUUGACUUUAACACAGCAAAGAAAAAUUUGAACGUGUCCAAGGAGUUUUGGCUCUAUUGGCUGGUCACCAUUACCCUAACACUCACCACAACCUGUCUUUGGGCGUUAUACGUGAAUCGAGAUGCCAUUAAGCAUUUUCUCAAGAAGCUGACACUAGCGAGCAAGAAGCCUCAAGGCCAUUAUUCUAGCAACGCUGCGUGAGCCCCUGCUUCAGCAGGAGACGGAUUAAACCAUCUCCAAAUACCUUUGGAUUGUCUGUACUUGAUUCAAGUGUACACAAGAUAGAGUGAAUACAGAGUAGCAUAUGUGGACAAGAAAAG